CGCCCUCCUGUCCCUCUCUUGAUAUGCCUGUCUCUCUCUCUCUCUCUCUCUCUCUCUCGUCGUCGUCUCCCCUCACAUACUUCUUUAUUGUCCUCUCUUGGAAGCCAACUCAAGUUACCCAUCUCUCUCCCCUCUCCUCUUCCUCUCCUUGUGUGGUGUAUUCUCUUGCUCCUCUCCUGUUGCUUGCUUGGUGUAAAGAAAAGAUAGCUCACUUUCCACAGCCCCGGGCGGCCCAUCUCUCACAUCCUGCUUCCCCUCCACCCUACCUCCUUUUCUGCCCCCCCACAAAACCAAAACAAGCUUGCUAGAUUGCUUGCUACUAGCUUACCUCCAAGCAGAUCGAGCCAACCUGCAACUUGCUUCUUCAAGAGAUCGCGCGCUGUCCUGCUGCCCUAGCCUUCUUCGUUUCGUUCUCCUUCGUGCCAACACAUACAUGCAUGCACCCAAGCUGCUGCUGCUGCUGCUUCCUGUGCAUCACACGGCUCUUCUUGGCUAGCUAGCCUUUUUAGCUAGCUUGGUGUGCCAGUGCUGAUUGCAAAGGAGCGAGACGGGAGAAUUAUUGAGCUAGCGGUUGGCAUCAGCCGCGCGCAUCCACUAUAGAGGCAGGCAGCGACCAGCGAGCGCAAGGGAUCGAUCGGCAAAGGGCGCCCUAGCUAGCUAGCUCUAGCUGCCGCGCGCCACAGCCAUGUGCGACUACUUCCUUCCGAGGAUGGAGGGCGACCAGGCCGGCGGCGGCGGCGGCGACCUUACCGACAUCGUCCGGUCCGGCGGGGCCAUCCCUGGCAACGCCGCUGAGAUGUCGUCCACGGCCGCCGCGGACGAGUGGCAGCUCCAGGGGGACCCGAUGCUCUUCCCGCCGCUUCCCUCGUCCACGACGUCGGAAGCAGCAGCCUGCUCCGCCGGCGGGGGCACAGGUGCCGACGUCUUCGGCGCCGACCCUUUCUCGGGGCUCGUGGACCCGUUUAGUACCGACUACUCCUCAGGCGCCGACUUCUUGGACGCCAUGCCGGACGCGAUGGCCAAGGUCGGCUUCGACACGGCUAUCUGUGGCGGCAGCGGCAGCGGCUGCGGAGGAGGCGGAGCAGGCGGAGGCGGCCAGCUGAUAGACAUGAGCCGGAAGCAGCCUCUCUUGCCGCGGGGGGUGCAGAUGCCGGCGCUUGGAGUGCUGGCGCCGAGGAUGGUGUUGCCGUCGCCGUUGUCGUCGCCGAGGGAGAUACGACCGUACCCGCCGUUAGCCGGCGACAUGGUCAAGCUCGGGAUCACGGCCGGGCAGGUGGCCGGGUGCGCCAUCGACGCAGCCGUCGUCGGCAUGCAGAUGUCUUCGCCUCGCUCCGCGGGCGGGAUCAAGCGCAGGAAGAACCAGGCAAGGAAGGUGGUAUGCAUCCCGGCGCCGACAGCAGCUGGGGGAAGACCAACUGGAGAGGUGGUUCCUUCUGAUCUCUGGGCCUGGAGGAAGUACGGCCAGAAGCCUAUCAAGGGUUCUCCUUAUCCAAGAGGGUACUACAGAUGCAGCAGCUCAAAAGGGUGCUCAGCACGGAAGCAAGUGGAACGCAGUCGGACUGACCCAAACAUGCUCGUCAUCACCUACACCUCUGAGCACAACCAUCCAUGGCCGACUCAGCGCAACGCCCUGGCCGGGUCAACUCGGAAUCACCACGGCAAGAACAGCGGCGGCAGCUCAGGUUCCAAGAGCUCACAGAACGAGAAGCAACAGCAACAGCAGCAACCAAACAACGUCAAGGAAGAGCCCAAGGAUCCGGCGGCCACGACGACAACCACUAGCACGAUUACUACCACAACUACUAGUACUUCUCCGGCAGCGGUUGUGAAAGAGGAGACGCUGGCAGCUGGAUCAUCGUCAGAGGCACUGGGGCAACAAGUCAUGGAUACUACAGCGCUAGCAGUAGUAGACCACAACAUUGAACUCAUGGACCAGGUGUUCGGCGAGAGCUACAAGCCGAUGAUACCGGAGGCCGGCCACUCUGACGACUUCUUCUCCGACCUCGCGGAGCUGGAGUCAGAUCCCAUGAGCCUAAUCUUCUCCAAAGAGUACAUGGAAGCGAAACCCAGCAGCGGUGGUGAUCGUGGCCACCAUCAGGAGAAAGCAAUGUCCAAGGACUUGGAUCCAUUGUUUGACAUGCUAGAUUGGUCUACUAAUUCCUCAUCAGCUGGGAGCCCAUUUGAGCAAGGAAAGAGAGGCUAAUCCGAUCCAUUGGCUUAUGUGCACACAUACAUUUGAUCAGCAGCUAAUAAUGAUAACCAGAAAUUAAAAUUACCACAAGAUCAGCAAGGAAAUUAAGUUGAGAGAGUUUUCCUUCUUUUUUUUUCGCUUUCUUCUUUGCUUCUUAUUACCAUUGUGUGGUGAGAGAGAUUGGAUUUUUUUGUUCUUAGAUAUGAACCUUAUUUUUUAAGGUUUGUGUCAGGUUGCUUGGUGUACUUAUAUGCAUGAGAUGAAUAGCCCCCUGAUGAGGAUUCUUCUCUCUCUCUCUCUCGUGUAGUAGAGGACUCUCCAUUAUUGGCAUGGCAUAGCAGAGUUUAUGAA